UGACAGGAGGGAGUAUUUGUUCCGCUAUAUCCGGAUGAAUCAGUUGUUGGCUAUGGCCAUACCUGCGAUACAAUGACAACUAAGCUGUUUAGACUCUUGGAUGCCUCAGGAAAUCAUCACCUAAAGUAUGUUGAAGUUUGUGACUGUGAGCCACAAGCAGACGAUAUCACUGUUGAAAUGUCAGUUUUGGCCAGGAUCACCAGCCAAUCCCACUACAGGAUUUAGCUUCAAACUAAUGGAACUUGCUGAGAAGGUCUUCCUUCAUUGUCAAGUGUCCCUAUUAAACUUCUCAGAAGUCAUUUCAGAACUGAAUCCUCAACUGCAACCAACACAUGUGAAUUCAAUUUAUAAUAUACUGAAUUCAGAUUGCUUUGAAGAAUUCAGGCACUUCAUGUAUGAAUACAGGCAUUUGACAAAGUAUGUUAAAGACCUCUACAAUGGCGCAUUGUGUCCUUUAUGUCCAACGGAUGGGAGUGUUCUCAUUGAAAGCAUGGAUGGGUGUUUUGGACUUUGCAGGAAAAAGGAGAAGGGACAUCAUUUAGGAACACCAAAACAUGGAACACUACUAUUUGCAGAUCAGGAUGAUGUUGAUAACUUUGUCAACAGCUAUGGUAAAGCUGGGCAGACAUGGAACAGAACUGUAGUAAAUUCCAUGCCGGAKAGGUUCUAACUGCUUUGAGAUCCAAGGGGAAAAACAAGCUCUUUGAUGAGAAAGGUGUCUUCGGCCGAGUAUGCCGACACGAUUUUCAUAAAGGAUUUCAUAACAUAAAGCAUGGUGAAAGGUAAGAAGCUGUAACUUAAUAAUUAAUAUCAAGGAUUAGGCCGUUCAUUUUUUCACAGAUGUAAAAUAACGGAAUACCAAAUUAUCAUAAAUAUAUGGCAUUGCCAAGCAAUGUAUGAUUCUUCAUGUCAAUGAAUUCUCUAUAGUCUGUCGGUAUAUAAUUAUUUUUUGAGUAUGAAAGGAAAUGUAUUCCAUCAGAAGCUGCAGGUUCUAUGCCUUCAUGCAUA